CCGUACCUCUCCAUCGCACUGUUAAUGGCGUAACCCCAGUACAGCCCAGUUCGCCUCGCGCUCCUUCCGUUGUUUUCCUGCCCGUGAACCAUCGAACGAAGGAGCGCGCGCCAAGAGUGACGGCCAGAACGCCCGUGCAGGACGCGUUGGGGGGGGGACACUGAGGUGGCGGCCCCCAGGAGAAGGGGUAGACAAGGGGCAGGCAGCGCGGGCGGCAGGAUGGCGGAGGGCAGCGCUGUGUCGGACCCUCAGCAUGCCGCUCGGCUUCUCCGCGCUCUGAGCUCGUUCCGAGAGGAGGCCCGCUUCUGCGACGCGCACCUGGUGCUGGAGGGCGAGGAGAUCCCGGUACAGAAGAAUAUCCUGGCGGCCGCCUCGCCCUACAUCCGAACAAAAUUAAACUAUAAUCCUCCAAAAGAUGAUGGAUCAACUUAUAAAAUUGAACUUGAAGGAAUAUCAGUAAUGGUUAUGAGAGAGAUCCUGGAUUACAUCUUCAGUGGACAGAUCAGGCUAAAUGAAGACACAAUCCAAGAUGUGGUUCAAGCAGCAGACUUGUUGCUGUUGACAGAUCUGAAAACACUUUGCUGCGAAUUUUUGGAAGGUUGUAUUGCUGCUGAGAACUGCAUUGGCAUUCGAGACUUUGCACUGCAUUAUUGUUUGCAUCAUGUACAUUAUCUUGCUACGGAAUACCUGGAGACUCAUUUCCGAGACGUCAGCAGCACUGAAGAAUUCUUAGAACUAAAUCCUCAAAAACUGAAAGAAGUGAUUUCUCUUGAGAAGUUAAAUGUUGGCAAUGAAAGAUAUGUAUUUGAAGCAGUUAUUCGAUGGAUAUCCCAUGAUUCAGAAAUAAGAAAGGUCCACAUGAAGGAUGUUAUGUCAGCUCUAUGGGUUUCAGGAUUAGACUCCAGUUAUUUACGGGAACAGAUGCUGAGUGAACCAUUAGUACGGGAGAUCGUCAAAGAAUGUAGCAAUAUACCACUCAGCCAGCCACAACAAGGAGAAGCAAUGCUAGCAUCUUUCAAACCCAGGGGUUAUUCUGAAUGCAUAGUAACUGUUGGUGGUGAAGAAAGAGUCUCAAGGAAACCAACAGCAGUGAUGCGCUGUAUGUGCCCUCUUUAUGACCCUAAUCGGCAGCUCUGGAUUGAACUGGCCCCAUUAAGUAUUCCAAGACUUAACCAUGGAGUCCUUUCAGCAGAAGGAUUUUUGUUUGUAUUUGGGGGCCAAGAUGAAAAUAAGAAGAUCCUGAGCUCAGGUGAAAAAUAUGAUCCAGAUUCUAAUUCAUGGAGUGCAUUACCACCAAUGAAUGAGGCAAGACAAACUUUUGGAAUUGUGGAGAUAGAUGGAAUGCUAUACGUUUUAGGUGGUGAAGAUGGUGAGAAAGAGCUGAUUUCCAUGGAAUGUUAUGAUAUAUAUUCUAAAACCUGGACAAAACAGCCUGAUUUGACCAUGGUUAGAAAGAUUGGCUGCUAUGCAGCUAUGAAAAAGAAAAUCUAUGCAAUGGGGGGAGGAUCAUAUGGAAAACUCUUUGAGUCUGUGGAGUGUUAUGAUCCUAGGACCCAGCAAUGGACUGCUAUUUGUCCAUUAAAAGAAAAGAGAUUUGGUGCUGUGGCUUGUGGAGUUGCCUUGGAACUCUAUGUAUUUGGUGGAGUCAGAAGUCGUGAGGAAAAUCAAAACAGUGACAUGGUGACAUGCAAAUCAGAAUUCUACCAUGAUGAAUUCAAAAGAUGGAUUUAUCUUAAUGACCAGAAUUUAUGUAUCCCAGCAAGUUCUUCCUUUGUUUAUGGAGCUGUUCCUAUCGGGGCCAGUAUCUAUGUGAUUGGAGAUCUUGAUACAGGUACCAACUAUGACUAUGUUCGUGAGUUUAAAAGAAGCACAGGCACUUGGCACCACACUAAGCCACUCUUUCCAUCAGACCUUCGUCGCACUGGCUGUGCUGCCUUGCGAAUUGCAAAUUGCAAGCUUUUCCGACUGCAACUUCAACAAGGACUAUUCCGCAUCCGUGUUCCUUCUCCUUGAAGGCUCUCUGGGAAAUGGGAUACAAGCAAGAACCUGACACAGUGCACCAGAACCUAACUUUAGAUAAGGCAGAACAGAGAGAACAACUAAAACUUAACUCUCUACACUGUGAUUUGGUAUGGUAACUCUUGGGGGUUUGUAAUGCUUAAAAGCUUGAGCUUUAGCUCUUGUUGGGGAAGAAAGUAACUAUUCCAAAACAAUGUUAGGUGAAUGAAUGAACUUUGAUAAUCAGAAGUUUGUGGACUGAUGGAGAAUCAUCAGUACCAGGAAACAAGGGAAACGGGGAUUAAUAGAAUGUUAAAACUAAAACACUAAGGUGCAUUUUCCCCAAAGGGAACUACUUUUUACUAAGUCUGCUAUAUUAAAGUAGGUGGCUUUGGUAUACAGAAAAUUUGUAUGUAAACCAACAUCUCUAAGCAUACAGUGAAUGCUUUUCUACAGCAGUCAUGCCCAGCUCUGCCCAACUUAAGGUCCAUGCUUAUGCCUGAGAGGGUGAAUGUGGACCCAGGUCUGUUAGUUACUAGUAUUCUGUCUGGAGAAUCUAUAUAUAAAUAUAUAUAUUUGAACAUAUAUAUAUUAUGAUCAGUUGCAGCUAAGGUAAUAAUAGAAUUCUAUCUUUUUUAAGCACUCCAUCUGAAUAGUCUGAAGAUUCAGCAUAUACAUGAUUCAGGAGGCAGCCCUCAUGAAUUUAAAAAAGCUGCUUACUUUUCUCUUAUGCCAAGAGAAGACUUGAAAUUAUACUACAUUAUCUUCCUCUGAAUAUGAACCCAGAUCUUCUCUAUUCCCAUAGUAGCUAUCUAUGGUUGGGUUCUUUCUCCUUUGCUUACUCAUUUUUAUUUAUUUAUUUUUGUUUCAUUUUGUUUUUAGCAGCUAUUAGUAUAAUCAAGUCCUAGUCCCAAGGUAUGGGGAAUGAUGCCCCAACCCUCCAGGCCAUUUUACUGUUAUUUUCUGAGAUCUAUCCUAGGGCUCAACCUUGGACUCUCCUCUCCACUCCUGAACCACCAGUAGGGUCCCCAGUCAUGCUGUCCUGCAGAUGAUCUUGUUCCCUGCAGUCCCUCUGGUGGCUGCAAAGUAUAGCUGUCCUCUCUGUCCUGGAACUGAAACCAGGGACUAUUCUCUCCUGCAAGUGCCCGAAGUUAGCAUAGUCCCCACCCCUCUGCUGCUACACUCACCAGGUGUGUGCUAGCUCCUCCCCCACAGCAGCAGCCCAAUGUCUUUCUUGGGAGUCUUCUCAAGUAGUCUUAAGAAAACAACUGCUUUCCCAUGACUUUUGUUUAUUUCUGCUGCUCUACUUUCCCUCUCAAGCAAAGUUCUGUCUUUUUUGGAGGAGGAAAUUUGGAGAGCUGAAAGUUUUCUGACCUACUCUGCUAUCUUCCCAGAGUCCUCUGAAAGACUUGAAAUUAUGAACGUCUUUCAUGUGAUUUUUAUUUCUGGGUUAGAAUAUUUGAGUCAUGAAGGAUCUUAGGCCCUUCUUCCAUCAUCAUUUGACCAAAACUAAUUGGUUUGAUAGGUCUGAGGAUUUUAAUAAGCAAGAAAAAUAUUGACAAAAAAGUUGUAUAAGAGAAACAAAAUUUGAGGCUGCUAGUUGUAAAGGAAAAUCUCCAGGCAACAUAUCUUGGGUUUAAAAACCAUGUUUUUAAGGAAAUCUUUAUUCUAAAGCACAUGAAGUCUUGUUUACUACUGUUUGAUUUGAACACCAUUUAGAAUGCAUUUUUGUCGAAGCAGUAGACUCUUCCCAGUAUUGUUCGCCAGGAAGAUUUCUUAGUCAAACUAUGGUGUGGUGUGAGUAAAAAUUGGCUGGUAGAAUAAACUACCUACCUCAACUUAAUUUUAUUCUGUUGAUAAUAUAACAAACUAGGCUUACAUAUCAUGGUUGGGGAAAAAACAAAUCCUCUUCCCUUUUCUCUCCUCUCCCCCCUCAAAACCCUAUUCUUUUCCCUAGCAAAAAAGACCUUUCAGUUUAGCAGAACCUUUAUUUUAAAAUAUUCUGUUUUCCACUCUUAACUGACAUCCUCUGUUUGAAAUCAGGGGCUUUAAGAUUGCUUCAUAAUCUGAACUUUAUGCAAUAUCAAACUUUCUGACCAGCUUGAUAUGCUUGUUUUUUAUUACUUUUUUUUUUAACCAUUUUUUCUCUUAGUAUAUGGUUGCAAAUUCUGCUAAUUAGCAGACCUAAUUAGCAGGAUCUAUCUCAACAUUUAAUAAAUGGUAUGCUUUGGUUAUAAAAUUAAAAGCAAGGGUUUCUUGUAGAAACUUUUUGUGUGGAAUAUUUAUAUGCUGUCAUUAUGCAUAUAAAAUUUUUUCCAUCAUGUUUGUCUACCAACUAGCAAAAAGUAAAAGAUGAUUGAUUGUGCUUUUUUCCCCUCCCAUGCCUGUCAGAAGAUAAAACAGUUUUACUGAAAUGGAUUCAAGUAUAUGUACUUUCUGAUCAGGUGUGCACUAUAAAGACUGUGCCAAAAGAAUCCUGAAGAAGGCUGUGUAUAGGACAGUAAUCUUUUCCUUCUGGCCCUGAGAUGUUUGUGUGUGAAGUUACUGGGUUUUGUAUUUCACACUGGAAAUUUAUAUGCUGCACUGAAGCCAUUGGCCUGGCUUUGCUUGACAAUAAUGUUAGAUAAUUGUUUAAAUUAAACCACGUUUUUUUUCUUCUUGGUGUAUUACAACACCAGUUAUUCUGUGCAAAUUUUCAUAAUGAUGUUAUCUUUUAAUUAAAGCAAGUCAACAAUGAAGACACAUUUCAAAUAAAGCCAAGAAGAUGCCACAGUAAAGGAGGAGAGAUUACUUUUAAAAUUAGGUACUAGUUACAGAAGAAAAAAUUUUCCAAAGAUGAACUCUAGCCUGUAAUAUCUUGUGCCAGGUGCUUUCUCACCUAGAAUUGCAGUGUUUGGCAAGUGUUCAAAAAUAGUAGUUGAGAUUUGUUUGAAAGGAGACUUUGGUAUCUUUGUUAAAGCCACUACACUAUGUUUCUUUAUUUUAUGUAUGUGUGUGAUUUUCUCAAGAUUUUAUAAUGCUUCUCCAAACAAUGGUAGGAAAAACAAUAUCAGCUCAUAUUUGAGGGGAAGAACCCCUUCAAAGGAGAAAAUUCACAGGAUUUUUUUUUAGUCAAUAGUUUUCUUCUUGCAAUAUUUCUAUACCUAUAUAAUUCGGUAAAUUUAUCUUAAUAAAAAUGAUUUUUUAAAGAUCAGCUUAUAAUGUAGCUACCCAAAUUAUGUAAUGUUUGUGAAAUAGACUUGCUACAUGAUCAAGUAUGCAAUAACCAACAAAAGCUGCUAAGUGCCAAACUAUUAUUUUAACUGUAUAUGCAAGUACUACAAAGUCUUGUGUUGAAGUGCAGGGAUGUGUUUACUUUAAUUAUGUUCCAAAAUAAAUAGCAGGGGGUUUUGUUUUUGUUUUAAAAUUAGAGCUAUUUCAGUAUUAUAAAAUAAUUUUAAAUUGUUUUAUGCAGGUUUGUGUUCAGCAUUCCACUUAUGCCUUGAAACAUCAUCAUGUGAUGGAUGCAUUUUUCAAACUCUUUUUUCAUUAGGGCACUUGUCCUAGUCAUUUAUAUAGUGAUUGGCAGCUGAUAAUAGGUCUUAAAAUUUUAAAUCUAAAUACCUUCAGGUAAAAGUGCAAUUCAUUUUCACAAUCUCACCUUAUAGGAGAGUUAUCUCAGGUUGUCAGAGCAAGUGGAAGUAUUAAAAACCUCUUCCUUAGGCUACAGUAUAAAUUAGUUUUAUUUUUUCUUAUGGACACAUGCUCUGAGGGAAAGGUGUUGUAGAGGAUAUUUGUAUCUUAGUGAUGGUAAUGAGAGAAAGAGAUUGGACUAGGUGACCGUAGAUGGUGAUUCUCUCCAGGAAUGGAUUUUCAAAGGAAAUUUUAAAACUAGGAUGAAGAUACUUUUUAGUUUUUGAGGACGCUUUUAUAUCCUGUGAAGAUGAGUGUAUAUAUGUGUGUGUGUGUGUGUAUGCGUCUGUGUGUCUGUGUCUGUGUGUGUCUGUGUGCAUCUGUGUGCAUGCUUAUGUAUUGUUUCAUACAUGUGUUAACAUGUUGAUAUGUAUUUACUUUUUAAAAUUUUAGUUCUGGUCUAUACAUGUUAGCAAUUUUUGGUGCUUCCGAUUUACUCUAGAACCUACUGAUCUUCAGUUUUAAACUGCUGUGUUAGUGAAUAGUUGGACAACAUAAUCCAUGUUGAGUAUAAAUAUUGAAUACUCAUAGAUUUUAAUGAGUUUGCUAGGUUUUUGUGUUUUCAUUAGUCAAAUUUAAAAGCCUUGUUUACCAAGUAACUGUUGGUCAUAUAUUUUGUGCUGUAUAGAGACAUACUAUUUAGCAAAUGCUCAGGAGUAAUAUUUAAUUUAGUGGCAGUCAUGGAGAAUUAGUAACUAGAAAUACAACUUAUUCUCUAGGUUAUGACAACAUAAAAAUUUUCUGAGAUGUGUUAGAAGUAAGGGAACUCUACAUAUGUGUUUUUAAGUAUUUUACCAUGUUGCAUUAUAGCAUUAUCAGUGGUACUUUUUUCUGGUGAUGUGUUCAGCUUGAAAGUAUCAUUAUCUUAAUUUAUAAAUUUAUAAUUUAUAAAUUGUGCUUGCUGUGAAGGACAAAUAGCUGUGUUGGUUGAGGUGGAAGGGAAAAAAAAAUUCACCUGGAAGUAACAAAAUCAACUUUCCUUGCUAUUUGUGUGACAUACAGAGAGGACUCUCUCCGCCCUAGUGCCCAAGCUAUCCACUGUUAAUAGGUUAGGUACUUAGUGAAUUCCAUUAUUUUUUCAUUAGAAUAUAUGAUACAUUUUUGCUGCAGCAUAUAAAAUUCAUAAUCCAAAACCAUUUUCAAGAGGAUUCAGAUAAAGAUUGUGUUAACUUCUUUUAGUGUGUUGGUAUCUGGGAGGGAUGGGAACUUGCUUGUGGCCAGUUUUUAUAUCCUCUUAGAUUGGAAGACACAUGGCCUUUGACCAUUGAAAAGGAUCUGUCACUAUCAGAGCCAGAGGACUCCCUCAAAACCACCAUGAAGUGAGGAUCCUAGAACUAAGCAGGUCCUUUCCUCUUUAAUUAGCUGCCUCUGAAUACUAUAAAGUCAAAAGCAGACAUUAAUGGAUAGUUAAAGGUUCACACAGCAUCCAGAAAAGGCAGUCGGCAGACAUCCCUGCACUAAAUCAACUAACUAACCACUUAUUGAACACCUAUUACAAGUGUUGUUGUUCAAGUUAUAGGAAUUGUAAGGAUAAAAGACAGGUUUUGCCUAUAGGAAACUUAAGUCUGACGAUUCCCAAAGAAUCCUGAAAGAAAUAGGUAUUUAUUACAAGUGAGUGGCUCAUAUUGCUGGGCCCUAGAUAAGUGACUGUGUUUUCUGUAUGGAAGGGCUGCCCUAAUAAUGUAGGGAAAAAUAGUAUAAAAUAAAAAUUUUGAAGUGCCUGCUGUGUCUCAUUCACAACUUAAUGGCAUCCAUUCUGUAACAUAGGAUUUAAGAUAGAUAAUAUGUUAAACCUAAGAGUAUUGAUCACAGAUAUUCUCAUUGUCUCUGAUGGAUAUAAGAUUAUCACCAUUAUGCACAUUUGAGAGGUCUUUCAUGCCCUAAUGACCUGCUAAAAAUUACAACAUGAAGUGAGUAUGAGUCUGGAGCAGAAACUAGGCCUUUAAAUUUGCACUUCACUGACUUGAUCAGGGAAUCAUAGCAUUUUAGCACUGAAAGGGACCUGAUAGUUCAUCCAGACCAACUUCCUUAUUUUACUAAUGAGGAAAUGGAGAUCCAGAUCCUUAAAGAAGGACACAUUUUGUUAAGAGCUAGGAAUUGAACCCAGGUCUCCUGAAUCUAAGUCCUGUGCUUUUUAAAAAAAUUAUUAUUAUACCCUGUUUUUUACACACACACACACACACACACACACAUAUAAGGUAAAUGAACAUUUUUUUCGUAAAGAGUUUGGCUACCCAAAUAUGUCUGUUGCCAAAUUUCCCAGAUAUUUACAAAAGAUCUCUUUAUAAUUUUAGCAAACUUUUAGAAUUUAUAAAGCAGAAAUGGUUUGGGGUUUGGGGUUUGGGGGGAGGAGAUGAUGAAAGAGCAACAUCUUCAGUUGCUAUACUCCAUAAGGGAAAAAAAAUUCUAUCUUCAAUUGAGAAAACAAUUUUGCAUGUUUUCUAACAUCCUUUAAGAACAUUAGUCACAAAUAAAGGGAGAUCAAACCAUGACAGUGAUGAUAAUAACUUAGUUUACUUUGUUUUAUGUUGAUAGUGAGGAAUGGUUCAUAAUAGCUUAUAUUUAAGAAGGCUGAACUGGAGAUAGUUUAGUAUGCUAUCAAAGAGUCAACCAAAACAGGACUUAACCACAUCUACUGCAGUUUUUUUUAGCAACAACUACUUGAGGCAUUUACAUUUUAUUUGUUUAAAGGGGAUAUACUUUCUAGUAAUAGUCCUAUUUAAAGUAUCCCUUUGGCUACAGUAUUUUUGUGUUUUGUUAUAUCAUGAUUGUCAGUUUGUAAAACUAGCAUGCACUUUAGCACAAAAUGCUAAAAAGUUGGAUUCUUCUCAACAAUUAAGGUUUUUUAAAUUACCUAAUUUUUAAAAAACUUGUUCUAAUUAUUUUACAAGAUCAUAUGUAAGCCAACAAAUGAAACUUCUUUGUAGAAUCAUUUAAUGUAUUCUAUAAACUUAUUUUGAGGUUGGAAUUUUUAUUUUUUGCUUCUUUUAAAAUAUGUAGUGCCCAGCUAGAAUUUGUCCUCUAAUUUCCUCAUUGGUUAGUUAUAACUCAUGAUCUGAUAGAUUUUGAACCUUCCUAUGGCCUUUUUAUUGUCACAGAAUGAAUUAGAUAUGUUGAGAAAAUAGACUACAAAGGCUAUCCCUGUAACAUAAAAUGAAUAUUUGGCAAUUAUGCAGUUAAUUGAAUUAGUACAAAUUACCAUUCAGGGUAAUUCACACUUUCCCCAAAAAGACUGAUUUGUGUCAUAACAUUAUUUCAUUAAUAAAAUAUUUUAAAUACCUUGUAUUUCAUUAGUCUUUUCCAUCAAAUGCAAAUGAUAUGCAACUUUGAGCUCUGGGUUAAGUUUAACAACAUCAUGCCAGCACCUUUAUUUUCCUAAAUAAUUAGAGCUAUAAAUAUAUCUAUAUAGAUAUAGAGAGAAAGCUUUAUAAUCUUUCCUGUUCAAUUGGAUGAGACUUAGUUGCAUUUAAUCCCUUGUUUCUUUUCUUUAUUGGAAAAUCUCUGUUCCUGUAUACUUAGUUUUUUUAAAAAAAAUUAUAUCUUACUUAACAUUCUGUCAACUUAGACUCUUUUGACAGAAGUCUAGAACCAGUCAGGGAACAGAUUUUACUAUUAUUUCUUUAAGAUUAUUUUCUGUAUUCACUUUUUGUUAUCUCUGAAGUGCUAUUUCUGUUGUGAAAAGAAGUUUAUAAAUGGUUAGCUUAAGCAUUGUAAAUAAAUUUGUUUUCUCAUUCAUCUUUACUUUUAAUAGCGAUAUCAAAUUAGAUUAUUAAAUAUAUCCUCCUAUUUCGUUAUCCAUGAGUUUUUCAAUGAAACCACUAAAAUAUUCAGAAUGAUUUUUGAAAAUAACUUUCCAAGACAUUUGGAUAGUUAUCUAUUUUAUAUACCUCAUACUGUAAACUGCUGAAUGAUCUAGUUUCUCUUUGUUUUAAAAAUUAAUGCAUUUAGCACCUAGUACCUGGCACAUAGUAAGGCGCUUAAGAAAAUAUUUAUUGAUUGAUAUAUCUCUAAAUCUUCCCAGUGGUUUUCAUGGCAAUAGGACUAAUUUGCUAUAAAUACUGAGGAAAUUACCUGGGAUAAAUCUUCCCAAUGUCCUUCAAUUUAUCUUAAUUAUGUUUGCUGUUUAAGGAGGUUUGUUUACUCUCCUAGGCCACUGGGGGGGGGGGGGGUUCAUGUAGGAAUUGCCCAGUUAAAAGCCAUCAUGUAACUUGGAUCAGUUAUUUGAAAUGUUAAAGAUUCCUUAAUGCUCGAAAAGAGUUAAUGCCCUCUCCCCUCCCAAAGUAUUUAUCAGUCAAAUAGCAUUUAUUAAGCACCUCCAUUGUACUAGGCCCUAGGCUAAGUGUUGAGGAUACAAAUAUAAAAGUGAAAUACAGUAAUCCUUGCAUUCACGUAGUAGUUUGUGUUCUAUUAGGGAAUACAAGAGAUAUUAGUGAAUAUUGUCCAGAGAAGGGAGCUUUGGUAUAGACAAUCACAGAGAUUAUGAGUUGAGCCAUAGGGCAAUAGGGGCAGGACUACAAAGGGGUGAAGACAACUGGUAUUUAUUACAAGCCCGCUUUGUGACAGGCACUGUGCUAAGCACUUUACAAAUUUGAUCUGAAAGCUGCACAGGUAGUGCAGAUUUAUACCCAAGUCCUGUGACUCCAAGCCACUGUACCAUUAAUAUCUCCUCACAUAAAGUGAGUUUUCUAAAGAAGUCUAAACAUUAUUCCUUUUGCUGCUAAAAUAAUCAUUUUGAUGGAAAAUGUUCUCAUCUUUUACAAACUUCCCUAAAUUCUUUUUUUUUUGAAAGACUAAAGUGCAGGGGCUAUUCAGAAGCCCUGUCCUUAGGCAACCUUGUGGGUCCCCCCCCCCCAUUUUCCUAGGGCUCACUAUAUUAAUACUAGAUAGAGCAUUGGUACCCAGUACCUUUAGUCCACUGCAGUUCAGGAUUCUUGAGCUCUGGAAAUCAGCCUCAGCCUCCUUGAAUCAUGGAUUAUAAGCCUAAAAUAUCACCACCUGGUAUAUCCCAUUAAUCUUAAACUGUUAAUAUUAACAUAAUUUAAUCUGUUCUUAAUUACUCGAUAUUAGACCCUGGAUAGUGAUGCCCUCAGAUUCUAUUUCAGUUUAUAGAAUUAUUUGUUCUUACACUCAAUUACCUCAGCUGCUGGGCUUUUUUGAGCUAUUGUGUCUGCAUUUCUCUGUCUCCUUUGUUCUCUACUGGCUUUACAAUGCAGUCUUUGUGUUUCCAGCUAGUUAUAUUCUUUUAAUCUUCUCAUAAAAAACAAAUCAUUUCUGUGUGAGCAGUUUUCCUGGGAGUAAAAUGCAUGCGCUUUAUAUCAUGUACUUUGUGGUGUUAGUUUUGUCAGCCAUGAGCUUUUCUUCAUAUUUUACAGGAGUUUGGGCGAGUAAACAGCUUGAAUAUGAGAGUUGUGAGAUUUUCCCCUGGGUUGUUCUGUUAAAAAGUAAAUUAAUAUCCAAGUGGAAAGACUAGUGAGUCAAUAGUCAGAGGACCUGGAUUUGAAUCCUAACUGCUUGCUUUCUGACCUGCGUUGCCUUAGUAAGUCACUUAAACUCACUGGGCUUCAAUUUCUUCCUUUUUAAAAUGGGUGGGUUGAAAGCUUACUCAAAAAAAUGCCUGGUUAAUACUCUUAAAAAUAUUAAGUAUAUUUUCAAUUCCGAGAAUUCCAUUGACCAGAAGCACUACUUCAGCCUAUGUCCUGUAACAUGGAAGUCAUGUGGGAUUAAAGGUUAAAAAUUAAAAGGUGGGGGCAGCUAGGUAGCAUAGUGGAUAAAACACUGGCCCUGGAUUCAGGAGGACCUGAGUUCAAAUGUGGUCUCAGACAUUUGACAUUUACUAGCUGUGUGACCCUGAGUAAGUCACUUAACCCUCAUUGCCCUCCCCCCCCCAAAAAAAGACAAAAAACAAAAAUUAAAAGGUGCUUUUUUUUCCUGGCUGCUGGGGAGAAGAGGCUGAAUUAUAUUCAAAAAAUUAUUUGACAACUACAGUACUAAAUAUCUUGUUUCUAAAACACUUUCUUACUGAGCAAUUAUUAUUUAGCUCAGAAGAGGCCAAAGGUUUAUGAAUCUCCAAACAACAAAUCCAUGAUGCCUCUAAUGUCUUGGUCAUAUGAUUGUCCUCAAUGUAUAUACAAAGUUAGAUUUCCUUUAUUGUUAUCCAUGCCCACACAAAGAACUAGUUAUUAGAUUUCUGGAAAAUAUCAGGAUUUAGAAACUUUGCAAAAUGUUCAAUCAAAAUAAUGCGGUGGAAGAAGCAAUAGUUCUGAAGUCAGAAGACCCAGGUUCAAAUCCCAGAUUUUACUGUCUGUAUAACCUUCCCUGGACCUAAGUUUAUAAAAUGAGAGGAGUGGACUGAGGUCUUAGGAGAAAGAAUAAAUUUGUUUGUCAUCGUCCUCCCUGCACAGAAGGAAGUUAGAACUCUUCUGGAGCCUUUCCUUUUGAGUUUGUAAUAUUCAGAUCCAAGUUAAUGACUGACUCAAAGGUUUUUGAUUUGAAGUUUGAAAAAACACAAAAUAGUGUUUUUAAAUUCUGGAUCAUCUGAAUGAAAUAUAGAUGGCUGAUUACAGCUCAAUAUAAAGACUUUUCUAACAAAAUUGUCUAACCAGAUUAAUCAGCUUCCUGAGGUAAUAAACUCCCCGUCUCUUCCCACCCCCAUCACCCCAAUAGCUCUGGAAUGUCAUAGGGAUUUUUGCAUUGGAUUCAUAGUCAGAUUUAAUGAUUUCUAUAAACCAAAUAUCUUUUCAUGUUUUUUAAUAGAUUUGUAUUGAUUAUCUUUUGUUCUUACACCAUCUAGAAUUCCUCCCCUAUCUUCCAGAGAGCCAUCCCUCAUAACAAAGAUUAAAAAAAAAAAGUAAGAAAAAAAUAAAACCAACAUGAACCAUUUUUUUUUAAAGGAAACGUAUUCUAAGAGGGAGAGGAGGGGAUGGAGAAUGCUUUAAUUUGUAUGUAUUUUUUAAACAAAAGAUAAUUGUUAUUUUAAUAAACAUGUUUUUGUUUUCCUGCCAAAAGGGUCUUCUAUGAAUUCUGACUGACUAAUAAUUUUUGUUCAUUUGUAUUUUUAUAGAGAACUUUUUAGAAAUUAAGAACUUCAUUUGCUGUUCAGAAUUUGGAUUAUUCUGUGUGUAAUUUUUCUUCCUAGUUUUACUAAACCAAGCAGUCUUUAAUCUUUAGUCUACAGAAGUGAUCAUCAAAAUGUUAUCUCUAACUACCAAGUUUUUCUGUCAAAUUCUGUCAGUCCUUCCUGCCUUUCUAACGUCUAAGAACACUGCAUUUGGAUUCAAAUGAGUCACGUUUUUAGUCUCAAGUAGUUGAUAUGCUCACCUUGGGCAAGUCUCUGGGCUUCAGUUUAUUCAUAUGAGUUGGACUAAAACCUAGCUUCUUAAACCACGGGUCGCAACCCCGUGGGCUUGCAUAACUGAAUGUGAGGGUUGUGAAAAAUUUGGCAACAGUGAAAGGUGAUGUACACCUAUUUUAUAUUAUAUACCCGGGAUCAUGUAAAAAUUUCUGAGAGGAGAAGGGGACAAGCAUGGAAAAAGUUUAAGAAACCCUGGACUAAAUGAUCUCUAAGGUUCCUUCCAGAUCUCAAUCAUGUGAUCCUAAUGUUUGCCUAUCAGAACUGGUUAACAGCCACAAAAGGGUAAUAGUUUUGAUAUUCCUUUUUUGAAGGCACCUUGAAUAGCAAUUUAUGCUAAUGUCUUUUCAGAUCUCAUGCCUCACAGAUUUGAACAUUUGCAAAUCUACUUACUUCUUUGGGGUCCUUGGGAUUGAUAAAUGGAUUGUAAAUUAUAUCAUCCUUUGAUAAUUUUUCUAGAAUCUUUGGAAUAGUUUCUGUGAUCCUGUGCCUUGUCUUUAAUUUUUCAUGAUGAAUUUCAUUGUUCAUUUUUAAGAUUUUGUAAUUAAGGGGCUGUAUACAAUUUUCUACUUAAGCCAUUGUCCUUCACUGGCUUUGCUAAGAACUUAGCAUGAUCAUGGAAAUGUAAAUUCACCAACUUGGAAAUAUACACAUCUAUCUGGGAGGUAGUUUACAAGGGCUUGGCUGCCCUUUUAUUUAGUGUGUUUUUCAUUGGUCCACACUCAUAUUUUGUUUGAUCUGUUAGUGGUUUUGCUCUUCGGGUUUCAUAAGCCAGUACUGUUCCUGGAGGGAAUCAGCCCUUUCCUCAAAAGAAAAGUGCUUUUUUUUUUUUAAGGUGUUUAAGAGGCCUUCUUAGAGGUGAAAAAGAAUUCUCUUGACCAUUUUUCAUGUCAAAUUCAUCAUUACCCAAAUCCCUGCCCCUGUACUCCGAUUCUGUAUCCAUCUCUCUUGAUCGCUUGUCCUGUAUCAUAAAAGCAAUCUUUAAGACUGAUGUGGCACGUAAGUGCCUUAGAGAUGCUUUUAACCACCAGUCAGCUAAUCUUGGAAAAGCUGUUGUCUGUAUACCCAGACAUCAGAUUAGGUUCUAAAAGCUGACAGCUCACCUAUGUUCUCUCCAGGAAGCAGUCCAAGAAUACAAUGAAACCCCUAGAAAACCCAAACAGUUUUCCCAGACAUCUUCUAGAUGUCUUAGGCCUUUUGAGUUUAUAAUAGGUUCUCUUCUUCCCCAGUCCUGCUCCCAUACACCAAGUAUAACCUGGGAAACCCUUUGGAGCUAUUUUGGGAGACCAUGGGGGAUCAUCCAAACAUCAUUGCUUCCUUCUAACUAGGUAAGCAUUCUUCCUGUUAGCCUAUUGGCUAGCUACCUCAGCAAGCAGCCAGGUGGCCAUAUCCCUAGAAGAUCUAGUUCUCUAGUACACUAGAUUGUCACCUGCUUAAUGCAUGAAAAUUGUCCUUGAUGUGUAUUGACAACAGACAUUGUAUAGUAUUCAUUUACUAUUGCAGAAAUGCUGGCUAUAGGGUGAGGAAGGGAUUUAUGGGUCUUUAUCACUAUUUUAGCUAACAUUUGUCUUAAGCAAUCCAUUUCAUUAAUCACAUUUAAACCUGAAUCCAAACUUUGAAUUGAGCAUGAAAUUAUAAUCUCUUCUUUACAGUAAGAGAUCACAUUACAAUACAUAUGAAAGUAAGGGGGUUUGGAAUUGGUUUUGUUUGUUUGAUUAGUUGGUUUUUGCUUCAGAAACAUUUCUAGGCUAUAGAAUAACAUUUGGAGGCUCUGAUUCUAGCACAUACAUAUACCCAGCCACUUGUUGGAAGUAUUUUAAGUUUAGGAAUGUGGGAUCAAGAUGUCCUAAACUCAAAGUAUUAAGUGACAUAAGUGUAUGCCACCUUUUAGGCUAUUAAAUACCACAAAAUUCAACAUAUAAGAGAAUGAAACUUCAUAGUUAGAUUUAGUUACACUGGGAAGUGAGUGUAUAAGUGACCUUUGGUAGGAGAGAGCACAUUAUAAUAGCUUAGUUACUCAACAAGCAUGUAUUCUACAACUAGUAGUCUGGGUUUUUUAAUCAACAGGGUCUGUCAGGUUUUUUAAACAUUUUAAGACAUUCUAUUUACUUCAAGUCAUUCAUUCUGUCCCUUUGCUUACCUUUGUUUCUAGUUACCAACAAAAGUGAUUCAGUGUUUUUAAAAAUCAUGCAUUUGUGAAUUAUGGUACAAGUAUCCAUGCAGUUCAGUAAAACUGAUAGCAGAAGUGUUAGACUGGUUGCUGAGAAGCUCAUGUAGUGUUUUGAAUAGUUUGAGAAACAGUAAAGGUCACGAUGUUUCCCAAACACUGACCAGUGGAUACAAUUGCAGUUUAUAAAUGUGAAUGAGGACCCUACAUGAGGCUUGCAAUGUAUAAAGUCCCUUGUUAUCCAUGGCUGAUGUAUGAUCUUUUUCAGAAAUGAGACAACCUACUCUUGCUUCUAAAAUAAUUGUCAGUUCAGAUUGACUCUUUAAGAAUCAGUACCUUCUCAGACCUCUCUGUUCUGUAACCAUACAUUUCUUUUAAUAAUGCCAUGAGGAUGAUAUUUGCUAAUGUAAAUUUCUAACAGAUUUCAUUCUGUCAAGCACAAAUAAGCCUUACUUAGUUAAAUCACAAUGCGGAUAUUUUCUGAUAUGGGACAGCUGAGUGAAUAUUAGCUUUCUCAAGAGAUUUGCAGCUUUCAUAAACUUAAAAUUCCAAGUUAUAAGGCAUAGUUAAGCCUGUCUUCAGAUGAAGUUACAUUAUGCAUGAUACAAAUAAUAUUUAAAGAAAAUAUGCAAUUCUAAUGGUACUUUGUGACCUACUGAAAACUGAUUUACAGUGGAAAUAAGUAUAAGGGUUAGCUUUUUGAAACUUCAAUGUAAAGUUAAAAUUUUUUUUAAAUAAAAAGCAAUGGCUCAAGUGACAGUCUCCAAAUUUAGUAGGAUAGUUGUCUCAAGAAUUUCUAAUCUGUUGUUGGAACAAUUUUGUUACUGGGCUUUAAUUAAAUGCCAUGUUUCACAUUCUGAGGUCCAAAUUAGUUUUAUUCAUGGAAUAAUUGUCUAUUCCUUUGCUAGUAAUAGAAUUGACCAAAAUCAGAAGUGUUUUUUAUCUAUGAUCUUUCUUAACAAAUUGCUUUACAGUUUACAAAUAACACUGAUGCAAAAAGGAUACGUUCACUUUCUUGGAUUAUGUAGCAUUUAUUUUGUUUACAUGUUCAGUAUAAAGUUGGAUAACUAAAGGAUAAGUUCCCUUCAGCACUUAAACUGUGCUUUGGGGACUUUAUUGCCAUUGUCCUGUAAUACUGUACCAAGGAUCAGUGAAAGUGUUUUAUCUUUUUUAAUGUAGUUUGUACUGACUGGAUUUUAUAAUUGUAAGAAAACAGAGUGUUGUAUUUUGAUCUGAAAUUUGUGUAUGGUAAAGUAAUUUUCUUUCGUGUAUUGGAGGUUCGUUUAAAACUUGAAAUAUUUUUAGAAGGGUACAGACCAAAAUGAAUUGUCUUAAAGGUGUUAAUAAACUAACCAAAUAAAACCAUUUCAUUGGGAAAAGUA